GAUCCAAAUAUUUCUGUCAGAUUCAAAGGUCACUUUGUUUUGUUUACAUAUUUGUGUUUCUGUGUGCGACAGUUCAUGACAAUAACACACACACACACACACACACACACACGUGCUACAGCAGGCCCUCCAGGAGGACAGACGGGUGUUUACAGGUGCUGAAGGUGUGGUUUCCUCUUCACCAAACGUCCCGUCAGGAGGACCUGUUUAUCAGGUUCAGGAGAGACUCCACCCCCCGCCAAAGACCAGCUCGUCCAAUCAGAGCUGAGCUCAGUAGUGCGUGUCGAAUGCUCCGACAGGCAGGAUGAGUUGGACGGUGGCGUCGCAGCCUCGGCCUUUGGUGUGUUCCUCUGAAGAAGAAGGUGAUUGGUCGACAGGGAUCUGCAGCUGUUGCAAUGACAUGAAACAGUGUUGCUGGGUCUUCUGGUGCUGCCCCUGUUUCGCCUGUAAAACCAGUAAAGCGUUUGGCCAAUGUCUCUGUCUCCCCCUGCUGGACGUCUGCAGCUGUGUUCAUCCUGCUACGAUGGUGAUGAGGACGAACGUUCGGUAUCACUACGGCAUCAAGGGCAGCCUGUGCACUGACUGUGUGUGCGCCACCUGCUGUCCGUCCUGUGUGUGGUGUCAGAUGGCCACGGAGAUGAAGAGCAGGAGGAUGCCCAGCUUCCUCGGUGACAUCAUACAGCACUGAGAUGAAGAGGAGGCAAAGAGAGGAAUAUUACCAGAAAAGAAAGAAGAUUUGAUUUUUGAUUUUUAAACUUUAUUAACCAGAAGAGGAGGAGGAGUAAUGAAUAGAUCACCAUGUCAGUUAUUUAUUUUUGUGAUAGUUUUAAAUUAAUUAAAUCAUGUAAUUUAUUCUAACACUCAUCAGUAUAAGUAAACUAACAAAAUUAAACUUGUUCUUUAUUAAUGUCAACUUUAUUUGCUUGCUAACUGUAUAUUUUGUUUAUGCAAUAUAUAAUAUUAGCCUGUAAUGUGAAAAGAAAAUGUACAGUGUUUUUCAUUUAAAAUAUUCAAGAAUAAAAUCGUUAAUUUGUUUUUA